AUGGACAAUAUCGUCACAGCGGCUCAAAACUCCGCGACGGACUUUGGCUUUUCCCGCAUGGUCUACUCCUACGCCCGGCAGCUUCGUAUGGAGAGGAAGAAGUAUCCUGACCAGCAUACAGACGUGGGGGGAAUGAGGCAGGUCGUAUUGGACAUAGUUCGAUCGGAAGAAGAAGAAGGGCAGAGGUGGGUUACGACGAGUGGUGGGGGUCUUGGCGAAAAGAAACGUCGAAAAAAGGGUGGUGGAGAUAACUCACAAGCCGAUGCGGAUGAGAACAGCAAAGUCACUCAGUCGAGGAGUAAGCCUAGGUGCUUUACCAUGAUGGACGAAGCGUGUGAAAAUGUGACUCCCACAUCACCGAUAAAGAGUUUACUCGAAUUACACGCACUUUUGAAACUUAUCGAACCUAGAAUGCACGAGUUCCGAGGCCUCAGUGUUUCCUUCUGGAGAGCAUUGAAUCAUCUAUUGAGAUGCUGUCAAGAUCGCGAACGGUGGGGAAGGGAUAGGGACACCGUAGAGGAAAUCCAGAUGUAUUGGGUAGGGGUAGUUGAACAGUUCGAAGGCCGUGUGGUGAGGCGGGGUGGGUGCCGACAUGAUAAGGUCCCUAACAUUGACUCCUUCUAUGAUAAGAUUGGGGCCAGCGAUGAAUUGGCUGAGAGCGAUGGGGAGGGUUUGGGGAGGGAGAAUGUGGAUAAGGUCAUGGUUUAUGCAUAUCAUGUAAAGGGCAUGCAGGGUCGACCAAGGAAUCGACAAUUCCGACCACCGUGGCUCCGACCUCCCCUCGGCCUCAAGCAACUCCCUAUGGACGAGUCCAUGCCCAUCUGUCAAUCAUCUCAACACCAUCAUCUAGAACAGUUCUCGACCCGAGAAUGGAGCUUCAUCGAUGAUAUUCUCGAUCUCAACACCGAUGCCGCUGAGGCCAUAGUCCGACUCUCCGUCCUGGGAGGGGAACAUUUCCGAACACUCAAUGAUCGGACAGGCUUCUGCCACGAUUAG